CGCCGGCCCCCUCUUCCUCCCUCCCUCUCUGCUGCGCCGCCGGCCCUUUCCCUAGCUUCAGCUCGUGCGCGCCGCGGGCACCUCCCUCGCUCCAUCUCCUGCACAGCCGGCCCUCUCCCUCGCUCCACAUCGGCCCUCUUCCUCCCUCCCUUUCUUGCUGCGCCGCCGGCCCUCUUCCUCCCUCCCUUUCUUGCUGCCUCUCCUGCGCCACCAGCCCUCUCUUCCAUGGAUCUGCGUGGACGGCUUAUUCAUCGCAUCCUCUCUUGAUCUGCAGGAUACAAGGGGAAGAAGGCAGGGGUCUAGGUGCUACUCCGGCGCGGCGGCAGAGCCAAGCACACCCAUCUCUCUUCAAGAUGGUCAAGAAGAAGAUACACGCAGCUAGCACCGGCAACCCAGCUUGGCCCGCCCAGCAAUUUGUUUGUAGCUCCGCCACUGCUGAGACCCCUAGUGUUCCCAGCCACGCCUCGCCCACUCGCGCUGUGUGUGCCUCGGAGAUGGCCGGCGCGUCAUUUUUUGAUAGGAUGGUUUCCCAGCUUCGGUCGACAUCCAAGUACUACACUGGAUAUCCCAAGGAUCUAGGGCCAUCAAGAAUCAUACCGUUCACAUCAGAGCGUCAGUUUGUGCAGCUAUUACAUGAAGGACGGCCUGUAGUUGUGGCCUUUACCAUUAAGUGCACUUAUACACAGCAUCUUGACAAAGUACUGGAGGAAGCUGCUGCUACAUUUUAUCCUCAUAUAAAGUUUGUUCGGGUGGAAUGCCCAAAGUAUCCUGGGUUUUGCCUCACGAGGCAAAAGACCGAGUAUCCAUUUCUUGAAGUAUUUUACAACCCAGAACAGGCUGCUAACCCAGGUAAGAUUGUGGAUCCGAGCAUCACGAAAUACUCCGCAAAAGUCCUACCUUUCAACUAUGACCAGAGCGUGUAUGGAUUUCGAGAGUAUUUUAAGAAGUAUGGGUUCAAGUAUUCCGAAGCAAACUAACUAGGUUUGUCAUGGUGAAGCCCUGCAGAGUCAGCCAGUCCAACUGGCAUGAUGAGGCCUAGUAUUUGAAUUUACUUUCAGCCUGUACUAACAAACAGUGAUACUGCAUUCUUAAGAAUCAGCACCCCCUGCAUACUGGGCUGGCUCUGCCUUGGCAAAUGGUUGGAAAAAUGGCAAAGCUGUUAGCUAGGUUUCCAGUAUUCUCAAUCAAGAUUGUAGUAGAAUUUCUGGAUGUUGCAUGUUGUUCUUUGUCGAAUCUCUGAACUGCAUUUUCAGACUCGCUAUUAAUAAAAUUCUGCGGCUCACCAUCUCAUGCGCAGAAAUUCUCCUUA